CAAACAUUUCCGCCGGGGCAGCGGCCAGCGGCGGUAAAGGUUCAGGUGGGCUCCUGAGCUGGGGCAGCGGCCGCUCGGGGCGGGAGGCUGCCCGGGCACUUCCCCGAGGGCUUCCCGGGAGAGCGGUGGCGGGCGGCACAAACCCCGGCCGCGGCGCUGCCAUGCCCGGCGUGCUGCCCCGCACGCUGCCCGCCUCCCUCGGGCGGGGCUGCCUGGGCCGCUGGCUGCUCGCCGCUCGCGGCUGGGCGCUCCUGGGCGCCGGCGCCGCGUCCUGCUCCUGCCCGAGGUGGCGGCACCAGCCCCCGCUGCUGCUCAGGGCCGCCCGCCAGAGCUUCGGGACGCAGGCGGGACGGCUGAAAGCUGCAAAACCUGGCGGUGAUAGCAAGGAUGUGUCCGUGCAAAGGGCGCUGAACGAGGAAACGCUGGUGUCGGCGGCUCAGAAAGUGAAAGAAGCUGGAAGAGACUUUACCUAUUUUAUUGUGGUGCUUGUUGGACUUGGUGUUACAGGUGGUUUGUUCUAUGUGAUUUUUAAAGAGCUGUUCUCUUCUUCUAGUCCAAAUAAGAUCUAUGGAGAUGCCUUGGAGAAAUGCAGAUCUCACCCCGAGAUAAUUGGUGUUUUUGGUGACUCUAUCAAAGGUUAUGGAGAGGCAACAAGAAGAGGAAGACGACAGCAUGUCAGUCACAUUGAAUACGUAAAGGACGGACUGAAACAUAUGCGUUUGAAGUUCUAUAUUGAGGGCACUGAAUCAGGGAAACAGGGAACAGUCCAUGUGGAAGUCAAAGAGAAUCUUGAAACAGGAAAAUUCGAGGUUCGCUACAUAUUUGUGGAUGUUGAGACCUAUCCGAGAAGAACCAUUGUCAUAGAGGACAACAGAUAGCCAAUGAUCAAAGCUGCUGCCUUAUCUCACAUUGGAAAAUGUUGUAGUAGCCAGUCUGCACAUGGACUGUGUGGUGUUGCCAAUUGUGUCGUGCAGCUUCAGGGCUGUGUUAAGGAAAGUAGCCUCUCAGGGCCUCCACUAAGGACUUUUGAUAAUAACAGUUAUGUGAUUUAAAGUGAAACCAAUGAAAUAUAGCCAAACUAUCAUGGUAAAUAUUCUUGACAUAGGAAAAUAAUGCCUCCUAAUAAACAGUUUAAUGCUGGAUAAUACUUCUGAAUACCCAAAACCUGAGUUUUCCAAGGUUUGGAAAGUUUUUUGUCUUCCCUGGCUUGGAUUUUCCACUCCUAUUGCAAUAAAAAAGGGGUAGUUUAACUGUAGACAGAACUCUGCUGUUUUCAUUUUGGAUACCUUUGUAGGUAAGAAGGUAGAAUGUCAGUGAUGCAAAAGAGAUCUGGCCAUGUAAGGGUCGGAAUGGUUGUGGCACACACGCGUGACAAACAACUGAAGAUAAAGACUUCAAUAUUGGUGUCUUCUAAAUAAAUUACCAGGGAGCAGAACAUCACUACCACCUGCUCUUUCCAGUGUUUCCCGCUGCUCCACAUGGUUGUAGCAAGAUGGGGUUUAGCUAUUUCUCCCAGGAAACUAGUGACAGGACAAGAGGACAUGGCCUCAAGCUGUGUCAGGAGGGAUUUGGAUUGGACAUUACCUUCAAAAUAUUUUGAAAACCACAAUAAUUCAAUUUAAACUUCUCUCUUUCCCACCUUGUAUGCAUCUACAUAUGAUAAACACACAUCUGGUGUUUAUCCGGGCACAUCUUUAGUCCGUAAAGUGUUUCACAUUAUUUUCUUUUACUGCCUGCAUCACCUUUCUAGCUAAGCAGAUUUACCAGGGUGCUUCUGUAUAUUUCAUGAAAGUGGGACACAGCUGCGAAGGACAUCACUUCUCCUGUGUUGUGAAAAAGCUGAGAAUAUGCUUGAAAAAAUGAAGACAAAAAGUAGCAGAAGAAAUCCACCUUUAUCUGACCUUAGAUGUAUUAGUGUUCUUAAUUUGAGUGAAUGAUAAAUACAAGGCUAAGAUGUUUUCCAGUCUCAGUGGAGGAAAGCUUUUUGGAAUUAUUUUUCUAGGAACAUCUCAUCAGUGAAGAAUAAAGAACUUCACAGCUUGAUUUAUCAACUUUGUACUAGCUAGAUACCUAUCACCAGCAAGAUUAUUUAAGCCCCUUGAAACUUAAGGAGUAUUAAAGCUUUGGGAACUGAUAACUUCUUUCCAUAUUCCUCCCGAGGCUGAAAUUCUCCUGGUCUUUAUGGACUGGCCUGUCACUCAUGCUUACAAAAUUUCCUUAAAUUCUGUUUUAUGCAAACACAUACGGAGAUACUGUAAUCAAAAUUAGGUGAAGAUUAGUUGAACAAGACAUCUGGAAUACAGAACAUUGAUCUGUUGUGCAGUAUCACAUUUCCUGGUGGUACUUUGCACUGGAGGGGAACUGCUGCAUUCACUGAGUUUAAACAUGUUUUAGAACACCCUUUUUUGUAAUUCUCAAGUGUGUUAGCCUCAAUUUUCCUUAUGAAGCUGCCCCUGUUUCACUGGAUCAUUGCACUACCAGUAAAUCACACAGAGAUCCUUCUCCAUGGCAGGGAGCUCAGUAUUCCAUCCUCUCACUGGAGGAUGUUAGGCUGGGGAGACUGCAAAGUAACUAAAAGGUUCACCUUCAGUUGUCGGUAAACACAAGCAGUAACCAUUUCACUGUUUCCUUUUUAAAGCUCUUUAUUCAUUUUCUCUUGGGAGAACACAAAAUUUACAGCACGUGCCAGCUACUUUCUCAAGUAAAAGUGUCAUGUUAAUGAAACACUGGGAAAAAAACCACUGCUAGCGAGUCAGAGGCAAAGGAAUGACAUUUUCAUAGAAAUUAAACGCAUUUUCCAGAGUUCAGUAUUGAUUGUUGCAGAAUUAAUACAAAUAUAUUUUCUCAAAA